AUGUCAACACCUGCAUCCCUGCCAUCUCCGCCUUCUCCACUUGCAGCUCCUACGAAAAAGUAUGAUACAGAGAAGACUGACAAUGUCAGUGAAAAAGCUCCAGAAGCUGCCAUUCUUAGCAUGAUUGUACAGCUGUCCUCUGCGAAUUUCUGGAUGUCUUCAAAUGGCGGAUGGAAGGGCCCAACUGGCAUCACACCAGAUUUUACUGAUGUGAAACUUUCCGCUUAUGGGGGUAUGCCUGAUGAGUCGAUGCGAGAGGUGCAAAUUAUUGCGGAUGACUACAACACUGCCUUUGAUCAGGCUUGCGAAAUACAGGGUUGGGUGGCAAUGAAGGGUGCCGAGUCUAAAAUCGGAUUUAUCAACGGUGCUUCUGCAGACACUGGGACCAUUAAAAUUAAACAUGCUCUUUUUGAGGAGAUUGAUGAUCACAAUCGCAUGAAUGCUGGUGAUGCUCUGGACGACUAUGACAUAGCCAAUACAGGUGUCGCAAAUGCUUUAGCUGCUUUGAAGGCACAAGAUCCUUUGAGGUUCAAACUGAACCCUCUUCCUGUUUACGGCGAGGAUGAGCGACUCAUUCAUUCUUCGAUGUACCGGAAAAAACUUGAGAACGCGCUGGUAGAAGUGCAGUUUACGCUUACACAUUGGGGAAUCAGAUCCGGUAAUGAUGGUACAGGUGCAAAGGAUGUUUAUAAUGCCGACAUUAUUGAUAUGAUAGUACUUGUUCCACCACCACCUCCAAUAGCUUCUCCGAGGAAACGAAAGCUGCCUGCCCUCCAUCCAUCUUCUCCUACUAAAAAACAAGUCACUAGAAAUUAG